CUCUCCCUCUCCGCUUUAAAGUCUCAGCCAGGAUCUAGGCUCACAUGUUACUUCCUGUAUGGAAGAAUGGAACGCUUCCAGCAGCUCCUGCCUGACUGUUCCUCGCCAGCUUUCUCUGGAGCUCCAACUUCCAGCAGCGGGAUGGACUGAAAGCUGCUUUGGGCAGCCUGACUGACUCUUCGCUGCUGCUACUGAAAGCCCUCGAUUACUCGGGCUGGGGAGUGGAUUUUGCUGCUGCUGCCGCCGCCGCCGCCGCCGCCGCUCUUACCGCUGUUUGCAAGAAUGCCUUUUUUCCUUUGGCCUUGCACGGUGCUGCCCGCAUGAAGAGAAAGGGAGAGAGUCCGAGCCCAGCCGUGGCGCUCUUUAUCCACCGAUCUCCGGCGCCGUUGCUGCUGUUUUUGCGGGCUAGAGCGAAGUUGUGAGCUCUCGGCUCCCAAGUCCCCCAGCGUUUGCUCCCAAGGCCUGGAGCGGUGGCUCUGCUGAACUCUGGGACUCUUUAUCUUUACGCACACGCACACACACAGGCAGAAAUCCCGGGCGAAGAGAGAAAGGGAGGCUGUGAGCGCGCCAAUUUACUGUUGUUAUUUUUAAUAGAGGGGGCGGGGGGUCAAUCACUGCUGCUUUCCUUCUCUCUAUUUCUUUAAUCCCGAGCCCCUUUUUUAUUCCAGCGACAGGGCAGGAAAGUGUGCAACUUUUUAUAAUUUUCAACAAGUCCCCCCCCCUUUUGGUGUAUGUGGAAUCCUUAUCCUUUUACAUUUUUUAACAUAUACUUAAAGAGAGCCCCCUCUGCUUGUUUCGAUGUGCGGCUUUGGAGAUGCGGAGGCUACUGCAACCGUGUUGCUGGAUCUUUUUCUUGAAGAUCACCAUCUCCGUGCUCCAUUACGUGGUGUGUUUUCCCGCUUUGACUGAAGGUUAUGAUGGCUCCCUGCAUGAAAGCAGACAUGGCAGUUCAGUGCAAAUCCGGCGGCGGAAGGCAUCCGGGGAUCUUUAUUGGGCGUACUCAGGUGCAUAUGGUCCUGAGCAUUGGGUUACUUCAAACAUGGAUUGUGGAAGAACUCACCAGUCUCCAAUAGAUAUCAUAGAUCAUCAGGCACGUGUUGGAGAAGAGUAUCAAGAAAUACACCUGAUUGGUUUUGAUAAUGAAUCCUCUAACAAGACGUGGAUGAAAAAUACUGGGAAAACUGUUGCUAUCCUCUUAAAGGAUGAUUAUUUCAUCAGCGGUGCUGGGCUACCAGGAAGAUUCAAAGCUGAGAAAGUUGAGUUUCACUGGGGUCAAAGUAAUGGAUCAGCCGGCUCAGAGCACAGUAUCAACGGGAGGAGGUUCCCAGUUGAGAUGCAGAUUUAUUUCUACAAUCCCGAUGACUUUGACAGCUUUGGGAUAGCAAUCCAAGAGAAAAGAAUAAUAGGAGCGAUGGCUGUGUUCUUUCAGGUCAGUCAGAGGGACAAUCCCGCACUGGAGCCUAUUAUCCAUGGGUUGAAGGGUGUCGUACAUCAUGAGAAAGAGACCUUCUUGGAUCCUUUUGUCUUAAGGGAUCUCCUGCCAGCAUCUUUGGGAAGUUAUUAUCGGUAUGCAGGGUCCCUGACUACACCUCCAUGUAGUGAGAUUGUGGAAUGGAUUGUUUUUCGCAUGCCUGUUCCCAUCUCUUAUCGCCAGCUGGAAGCCUUCUAUUCCAUAUUUACCACGGAACAGCAAGAUCAUGUCAAAUCAGUGGAAUACCUGAGGAACAACUUCCGGCCUCAGCAGAGCCUGAACAACAGGAUAGUUUCCAAGUCUGCUGUGAAGGAUGCUUGGAGCCAGAUUACAACCAGCAUCUUCGAAAAUCCACUUGGCACUGAAGCCUCCAAAGUUUGCAGUACACCCCCUGUCAAUAUGAAAGUGCAACCAGUGAACAGAACUGCCUUGCUUGUGACCUGGAAUCAACCGGAGACAAUCUAUCACCCUCCCAUUAUGAACUAUAUGAUUUCCUACAGCUGGACUAAAAAUGAAGAUGAAAAGGAGAAGACCUUCACCAAGGACAGUGACAAGGACCUGAAAGCCAUCAUUAGCCAUGUCUCACCUGACAUCCUUUAUCUGUUCAGAGUUCAAGCAGUUUGCCGAAAUGACAUGCGCAGUGAUUUUAGCCAGACAAUGCUCUUUAAAGCUAACACUACUCGAAUUUUCGAGGGGACCAGAAUAGUAAAAACAGGAGUGAAUAAUGGGCAGAAUGGAGUGUUUGGAAAGAAAAGGAAAUCAAAAGGAAAAAAGAGCCGAGGUAGCAUGUCAGGUACCUCUACUGAUGCUCUCUCUGCUGUGUUUUCUUCUCUUGUUCCCCCUGGUGAUUUCUUCAAGCCUACAGCUUCUCCUGCACCUUCAGCUGACAUGGCUCCCAUCAGUUCUGGAUCUUCUACUUGGACUUCCUCAGGUCUCCCCUUUUCCUUUGUAUCCAUGGCAACUGGAAUGGGGCCUUCCUCCAGUGGGAGCCAGGCAACGGUGGCCUCAGUGGUCACCAGCACCUUGCUUGCAGGCCUUGGGUUUAGCAGUAGUGGUAUUUCCUCUUUUCCUAGUACUGUUUGGCCAACUCGUCUCCCAACAUCUGCAUCAACCAACAAACAAUUGGUGAAGCCUGUCAUUGCUACUACUGAGGCUUUAUCUUCCCCAGGCCCAGACAGUGAUUCCACCCUCACAAAAGACAGUGAAGGAACAGAGGAUGGGGAAAAGGAUGAGAAAAGUGAAAGUGAGGAUGGGGAAAGAGAGCAUGAAGAAGAGAGAGAAAAAGAUUCAGAAAAAAAAGAAAAAAGUGCUGCUACUGAGGCCGCUGAGGUACAGAAUAACACUGAAGCUACAGACACCACUGUUGCUCCCAACAGGACUAUGGAGGAGGGAAGGAAUAAAACCAUACCUGAUCAAGAGCAAAGCCAAAGCAUUCUCCCAACAGGUAGGAGUCCCAGACGAGAAGGAAUUACAGAAACAGACACUCAAUAUAAAACAGUCCCUUCCACCCAAGUGCCACCAGCAUUCACAAAUGAACAAUAUACUCGAGAAAUUCCAAGAAGACCAGAGACAACACCCUUACCAAAAGACAACAGAUUUAUUACCAUUAAUCCAGCAGACAAGAACAUUUCCAGUAUGGCAACUAGACCUGCUCCUAGCAAAAUGGAAUGGAUCAUUCCCCUCAUUGUAGUCUCAGCCUUGACGUUUGUGUGCCUCAUACUCCUUAUUGCUGUGCUAGUUUACUGGAGAAAAUGUUUUCAGACAGCUCAUUUCUAUGUGGAGGACAGCAGUUCACCUCGAGUGGUGCCAAACGAAACCAUUCCUGUUAUUCCCAUCCCAGAUGACAUGGAAGCUAUUCCUGUCAAACAGUUUGUCAAGCAUAUUAAUGAACUGUAUGCCAACAACCAACAUGGAUUCUCAGAAGACUUUGAGGAAGUGCAGCGCUGUACAUCCGACAUGAACAUCACUGCUGAACACUCCAAUCACCCCGACAACAAGCACAAAAACAGAUACAUCAACAUUUUAGCAUAUGAUCACAGCAGAGUGAAGCUAAGACCUUUACCAGGAAAAGACUCGAAGCACAGCGACUACAUUAAUGCCAAUUAUGUUGAUGGUUACAACAAAGCAAAAGCCUACAUUGCAACCCAGGGACCUUUAAAGUCAACAUUUGAAGAUUUCUGGAGAAUGAUUUGGGAGCAAAACACUGGAAUUAUCAUCAUGAUUACAAACCUUGUGGAAAAAGGAAGAAGAAAAUGUGACCAGUACUGGCCAUCAGAAAACAGUGAAGAAUAUGGCCAUAUCAUAGUCACAUUGAAGAGCACAAAAGUACAUGCUUGCUACACAGUCCGCCGCUUCACAGUCAGGAAUGCAAAAAUGAAAAAGGGGAACCCUAAAGGACGUCAGAAUGAAAGGAUGGUAAUUCAGUACCACUACACGCAAUGGCCCGACAUGGGUGUACCUGAAUAUGCACUGCCAGUACUGACAUUUGUGAGAAGAUCCUCUGCAGCCAGGAACACUGAGAUGGGCCCAGUGGUCGUGCAUUGCAGUGCUGGUGUUGGCAGGACUGGUACCUACAUUGUUAUAGACAGUAUGCUACAACAGAUAAAAGACAAAAGCACAGUUAACGUUCUGGGUUUCCUGAAACACAUCAGGACACAGCGCAACUACCUCGUCCAGACAGAGGAGCAGUAUGUUUUUAUUCAUGAUGCCUUGUUGGAAGCCAUUCUUGGGAAAGAGACUGAAGUUUCUGCUAACCAGCUACAUAGCUAUGUCAAUAGCAUUCUUAUACCUGGAAUUGGAGGAAAGACUUGGCUAGAAAAACAGUUUAAGCUGGUUAUGCAGUGCAAUGCAAAAUAUGUGGAGUGCUUCAGUGCUCAGAAGGACUGCAACAAAGAAAAGAACAGGAACUCAUCAGUUGUGCCAUCUGAGCGAGCAAGAGUGGGACUGGCACCAUUACCUGGAAUGAAAGGAACUGAUUACAUUAAUGCUUCUUAUAUCAUGGGUUACUAUCGGAGUAACGAGUUCAUCAUAACACAGCAUCCCCUGCCACACACAACUAAAGAUUUCUGGAGAAUGAUCUGGGAUCACAACGCACAGAUCAUUGUCAUGCUUCCAGAUAACCAGAGCUUAGCAGAGGAUGAAUUUGUGUACUGGCCAAGCAGAGAAGAAUCCAUGAACUGCGAGGCAUUUACUGUGACCCUUAUCAGCAAAGACAGGCUGUGCCUCUCUAAUGAGGAGCAGAUCAUCAUCCAUGACUUUAUCCUUGAGGCUACUCAGGAUGACUAUGUUUUGGAAGUACGCCAUUUUCAGUGUCCCAAAUGGCCAAACCCAGAUGCCCCAAUCAGCAGUACCUUUGAGCUUAUCAAUGUAAUCAAGGAAGAGGCCUUAACAAGAGAUGGCCCCACCAUCGUUCAUGAUGAGUAUGGAGCAGUGGCGGCUGGAACAUUAUGUGCCCUUACCACUCUGUCCCAGCAGCUGGAGAAUGAAAAUGCUGUUGAUGUUUUCCAGGUGGCAAAGAUGAUCAAUCUGAUGAGGCCUGGAGUAUUUACAGACAUUGAUCAGUACCAGUUUCUUUACAAAGCAAUGCUAAGCCUGGUCAGCACUAAGGAAAAUGGAAAUGGGCCCAUGGCACUGGACAAAAAUGGUGCUGUUAUGGCCAACGACGAAUCAGAUCCUGCAGAAAGCAUGGAGUCUCUUGUCUAAUUGGAAUAUUGAAAAGGCACUUAAUUUGUGGAAUUUCUGAAGACUGAGUGAACUUUUUGAGGCCUUUUUUGCCAGACUAUAGGUUAUACAAUAACCCAAUUACUUUUUUACACUGAUAAAAGUUUUGAUAUUUAUUUUUGCCAUUUUAUGUCUUAAUGGUAUCCUACUGAGCAUUUGCACCUCUCGUUUAUUUCACACAGUGAAACACAAUUUUAUCUAGUUUGCACUAUAUGAUCAGUGUUAACUGCCUAUAAAGUUGUAAUACAAAAACAAGCAAGCAAACAAACAAACCCUGAUGUGACAUUCCAUGACAACAAACAUGCUACUUUUUAGUUGAAUUGCCAUGAAGUUUUGUUAAUUAUUAUUAGCCUUGACUCUAAAGUCUUGAAUGCUAGACCAGAAAGAUUCUUUUUGGUUUACAAGAAAAAUGCUAUACCCUAAACAUAUUCCAAUAUUUAUUAAUUUUCAUGUAACUUUAGUAAUCGCUAUAGGUCUUCUGUAUUCCAUUAACAUGGAUAAGUGUUUUUUCUCCCUUCUUCUUUGACAAAGUGGAAUGGUGAUCACUAGCUACACUGAAGUGCAGUAGCAUCCAGAGGGGGAAUAGUUGGUCUGCGUUAGCUUGGAUUCCUCUUCUUGGCUACAAGGAGGCCUAUGAAUUGCUUUCCGUGUCACGUAAUAAAUUACAUUCCCAAAACACUGAGCAACUCAAAUCUGAGAGUCAAUCUCAAUCUUUGUUUUUACAACUUUGCUGAUUCCCCAGUUUUUCACAAUGACACUUUCAUUUCAAUAUGGAAAAAUAUUUUGAUCAUGUUGCCACCACAGACAAUUUAGUAAUUAACAGUGCAACAAUAUGCAAUCAGGUUGUUUUAUUUCAAAAGCCUUUAGGUAGCAAUAUUUCCAGUUACUAUUCACCAUUUUACACAUAUAUUUCCUUAAUUCUUCUGGAACAGGAUCUCUAUCUUGACAGUAUGUUACAGGAUGGAGAAAUGAAUUUCUUAAUUUCAUAGCUGUUAGAUGCCAUUUUACAGCUGUGUAAUUUUCAUACUUUAGUGCUAAAACAUAGUGAUCCAUAUUACUGGUGAAGCGAUGUAAUAAAAAACUACCUAUAAGA